GGCUUUCUGCAGACCUCAGCUGAGGUGUCGACGGUAUCUCCAGUUGAUGUCAUUCGCCGAUUGAAACUUUGCAGUAAUCAGUACAACGUGCAGAAACGAGGCUACUAUCAGCGCAUUAAUCCGGAGGGCUCUUAUCUAUCUCUUAACUCUGCAGUUCAUCCUCAGCAGCCUGCAUGCUGCUGCUGGUCCACUGCAUUGGUCUGUCUCUCUGUCGCUCUGCAACUCUAGCAAGGUUACAUCUGAAAGUGAGUGAGCGGCAGAUUGUUGUGUGCAUCUGCGUACAUGCCUAUGUGUCGCCAUGAAGCACCAGUCUAUCUCCCGAUGGCUGAGCCAGCUGGGAUUGCCGCAAUACUACCCAGCGUUGGAGCUGGAAUAUGAUGGUGUAGAGGACCUGCUCCACCUCUCAGAGUAUGACCUCUUGGAGCUCGGAGUCCACAAUCACCUCCACCGCCUGCACCUUCUCACUUCCCUACGCCUCCUCCAGGAGCGGGAGAGGAGGAGAGAGUUGAGGAUGAUGGCAGAGGGGCGUUUUGCCAGCCUGCCCAGGUCCCUUCAUGCACACCACGCCCUGGGAGGAAGUACUGCACACCCUGGAAUCCCCUCCACCUCCCUCGGUGUCCCCAGCGGUGUCUCCUCCAGGGGGCUCCAGGCCUCCCUCGCCUCCUCGAUGGACCUCCUCAGCUCCAGACCUGGUCUAGGGCAGGUCAGCGGCCUAUCAGAGCUGCCCGCGUCUUCCUACCAGCCAAUCUCCAUUCACGGAACUCUUCCUCGACGCAAGAGAGGUGGGGCCAACCUCACCCAUGGAAACUACACCUGGGACCCCAGAGCCAAUCACACGCAGAAGAUACCUUUCGGGAAGACAUCAGUGGCUCCUGGACACGCCCAUCAACCCAUGACCUCUCCGUUGGUCCAAAAUAUCAUUGACGACUUUCAUGGCUACAGGGAGCCUGCUGCCGGCCUGGACGCCACGGUGGACUAUGUUAAGUUCUCCAGAGAUCAGUUCAUCGUGGACUGCCCCUCAGAGAAACUUCGCAGAGAGCUGGAGGAAGAACUAAAGUUGAACUGCGAGGAGCCGAGAAGCCACGCAUGGUACCACGGAGCGAUACCCAGACAGGUUGCAGAAAACUCGGUGCAGCGUGAUGGUGAUUUCAUGAUCCGAGAUUCGCUGUCCAGUCCAGGAUGUUAUGUUCUGACCUGCCAGUGGCGAAAUGCUGCCCAGCACUUUAAAAUCAACAAGAAGGUAGUGAUGUUGAACGAAGCCUACUCCAGAGUCGAGUACCAUCUGGAGAGAGAAGGGUUUGACAACGUCCCUGCACUUGUUAGAUACUACGUCGGCAACAGAAAACCUGUCUCCCAGGUGGUGGGAGCCAUAAUCUUCCAGCCGAUCAACAGAGGGCUGCCGCUGCGGUGCUUGGAGGAAAAGUACGGGUUGUCCAGCCAUCAUCGAGAGGCGCUUAUGAACCAGGAGAGGCAGAGUCGGAAGCGCCUCAGCCUCAACAUCACCAACGGACACACGCACGACAACACGCACGGCGUGCACGACAACACACACUGCCGGGACAACGGCGUGAGCCGAUGCAGCCAGCAGCUCAGGUUGAAGGAUCGCUGUGGCAGCCAACCAGCAAGUCUCAAUCAGGUCCAAGAGAGGCGACGGCCGCUCAAGGCACACCAAUCAGAAAGCUACCUGCCUCUUGGAUCUAGACCGCAGCCCCAGCAGCCUCCUGACCUUCUCCUCCCGAGCCCCAACCCCAAGUCUCCAGUCUUUCGGACGGGCAGUGAGCCGGUGCUGAGCCCCUCCCGCCCACGGAGACCUGCAGAGAUUCUGGCAGGCCAGGCCAUCCGGGGCUCUGACAGCCAGCUGUGCCCCAAACCGCCUCCUAAACCCAGCAAGGUGCCGUUGACUCGACUGCCUCGCUCCCCCGGCCUCCAGCCGCUGGUUCUCCCCUCCAGCUCCUCCAGCCUCACUGACUCCUCCUCCACCUCCCCCAGGCUGACUGCACCUUCCCUGGACUCCUCGAGUGUGGACACUCUUGGUUCUACAUGGAGGAGUGGAGCCACCACAGGCCCUGUACCUCCAGUCAAACCCCUGAAGUUCCUCCAUCAGCUGCUUCCUGCAGACUCUUACAGCUCCUCCAGUUCUGGACUUUCUCCCGAUGAACUGGUCCAGUAUUCAGAUUCAGGAUGGACUGAGCGGCUGCAGCCGAGCCCUGCAGACCUGAGGUCCUGCAGCCCGCUGGAGUGGGACGGAUCGAAUCCCCGUAACCCCAUCACGGACCUCGAGCUUCAGCAUCCGCUCUGCAGCUACGUGGAGAGGCUGAGGAGAGAGGGGGAGGGAGGGAGAGAGGAGGAGGAGGGGGAGGAGAAGGAUGCGGGAGGAAGGAGAGGGCUGGACAGGAGCUCCUACCAUCACGCCAUCGCUGCCUUAGAAAACACCAGCGAGGAAGAGGAGGAGGAUGCAGGGAGGGAGGAGGAAGAGAAGAGGAGCAGUUUUCAGCGGCCGGUCGAAGAGACGGAGUCGACGUUCCGGCCGGCAGAGUUCGGAUCUCGACUUCUGCCGCCAGAGAACAAACCGCUGGAGAUGGUGGUCCUGAAGAGAGCGAAGGAGCUGCUGCUCAACCACAAUCACCAGAGCAUUGCCAGACACCUGCUGAUGGCCGACUGCCAGGUUGCGAGGAUAGUCGGAGUGACUCCAGAGGUUAAAGGUCAGAUGGGCGUGUCUUCUGGUCUGGAGCUGGUGACGCUGCCUCACGGUCAACAGCUGAGACUGGACCUGAUGGAAAGGCACCACACCAUGGCGAUAGGCGUUGCCGUGGAUAUUCUGGGAUGUACGGGCAGCGUGGACGAGCGGGCGUCUACCUUAAAUCGCAUCAUCCUGGUCGCGUUGGAGCUGAAGGACACGGUGGGCGACCUGUUCGCUUUCACAGCUCUGAUGAAAGCUCUGGACCUGCCACAGAUCAGUCGUUUGGAGGAAACAUGGACGGCUCUACGAAGGAGCUACACACAGACCGCCAUCAGCUACGAGAAAACACUCAAACCUUUCUACAAGAAUCUGUAUGAGGGCACAGCUUCCUCCCCUCCGGUGGUCUGCGUCCCCCUCCUGCUGCCCCUCCUCACUUUGAUGGAGCGUCCGUCAAUCACACCUGAGGGGGCGGAGCUCUGGGAGACCAGCGACCAGGGCUGUGACAUCAUGCUGCGCCACCUGGAGGCCGCACGCAACGUCGCACACAACGCACACAGCUACACAGCCAACGCGCAGAAGCUCUUACAAGGGUUCCCGUGCGAUGAAGACCUGCUGGAGGUGUUUAAAACGGACUUUCAGCUUCGGCUGCUGUGGGGAAGCCGCGGAGCUUCUGUCAACCAAUCAGAUCGCUACAACAAAUUCAACCUCAUCCUCACUGCGUUGUCACGGAAACUGGAGCCCCCGCUCAAAACACAAACCCUAAUCUGACUUCACCUGAGCAACUACUCACAUUGAGGACGCACUUUGGCCUUCAGUAGAGCAUCAGCUGGAUCAGAAACCAGCUGUGACGAAGAGAGGAAGAGAAAUAAAGUGGAACGAGGCAGAAAGUUGAUCUGAGAACGACCUGCUGUUAGUCUGAGGACGAGGACUUCACACACACACACACACAGACACAGACACUCUCCUGCAGCUGAACAUGAUGCUGUCAGUAAUCCAGCAGCUGUUCAAUCGUCUUAUUGCUCCAGACUAAUGCCAGUUUGGUUCCAGACUUUGCUGUUUUUAAUCAUUCAUCAUAAACCUGCAACUUCAGUUUGUUUAGACUACACAUCACCCACAAUUCACAGCACAUUCUCACUCCCAACUCAUCAAAUACCGCCGCUUGGACAUCAGAGACGGACGAGUUGGGAGUGAGACCGGGUCACAGACUCACAACUACGAGACCUCACAUGUAAAAAUACACACACAUACAGGCAGAAUCUAAGACAUACAGAUAAAGUUUGAGUUAUUAUUUUUGUUUUACUCACUUAUUUCCACUGCUGAGAUCAGGAGAUGCAGCAUCCACACUGGUCACUAAAUUUCUCCAUGUUUUGGUGACAAAAAUCCUCCAAAUAAAUGGUGAAAUGUGCCGUUUGGGCGCAGCUACAUUUUUAAAAAUUAAGAGACGCUUAAAGCGAGACGUUGGUUUAGAAAUGUUUCCUGAUCAGGCACUUGUUUUAUUUUUACUCUGACAUUCCAGUUAAUGGAGAUCAUAAUUCUAUGUUAAGGAGAAAAACAGCUCUACAUGUUGUGACGAGUACGUUAAAAGUAAAAUGUAAGGAUGUCUCCUUAAAGACGUUAAUCUACUCUGUAUUUAUUCCUGGUAAAAUCAAACUAAGACAAUAGUUUUAUAAAAGGAGGAAGGAAAUUUACCUACAAAAGGCAACGUCUGUGUAUAUUGUCAAGAUAGAAAUAUGUGUAUUUAAAAGUUAUCUGUGACCUUUGAUACAAAACCACUGAAAAAAAAGUCAAGAAACAGUAGAAUUAUAUAGUGUAUAUUAAUAGUGAGGGGUUUCUUCUCAAAUCAUCAGAUGACAAAGAUGUACAGUAAAUAUUUUUUACUUUAUUUACAUACUAUAGGAGCAGAAGAUCUGAGCUGUAGCAGCAUCUUUUUUUCCAGAUGACAAUAUUUUUGUUUCUGCAUAAACAUGAAUGAAAUGAUUAAAAAUGACAGAAGUUAACAUGUGAGACUAAAGUUGUACAUAUUUGAAAUAUUAGCAUGUUAAUAAUAGACUGUACAUAUUUUCUGUAGAAGACUUACUGUAAAAAAAAAAGAUGAUUUUACUAUGUUUAUAUUAUUAUUAUUAUGAUUUAAUAAAUAUGUACGAUCAGCGGAGGUCAACUGGCUGAAUGAAUACACGUGUGGUUGAAAACUUGAUGACACGUUUGCAGGCUUUGUGUUCUAGCUGUUAUGAUUAAUGCAGUAGACUAACGUACUUUACUUCUGCCAGAUGUUGACUGUAUUUUUACGUCAUUUUACUCUUGAUUUUACACAGAGUAGUAAACUAAAGAUCUCUCACAGGUCCCAUCUGGCAGAUUCAGGAGUCACAGCUGAAUUUAAUGUCAUCACUUCUUAUUCCCGCGCUGAUAAAAAAUGUCACAGAAAACAAAUCCAUUUUUUCAUUGCUGCUUUUUUCUUUUUAUUAGAACAAUAUCUUGGAAGAAGAAAAAAGAAAUUUUGUUCACAAAGUGUCUGACAACAUUCAAAGUAAAAAGAUGUGCACAACAAUAUGGAAAGAGAAGUACUGCCAUUGGUUAUUACAACACAUACAACAUGGUAAAAACACACAUUUACAUGGAUGUUAAGUUAAUAUCCUGCAGAAUCACGCUGCACCUGCUGCUGUUUUUAUUUAUUGAUUGAGCGAUUGGAUGUCGAUUCU